AUGUUAAGUAACUGUUUGGCUUCGGCCAUUAUUUUCGCCUUAAGUGCCCGAUGUGCUCCUACUACCCAUGCCUUGAGUGGUGGUACCACUGUCGGCGAAGGCUUGCUCAUCGACACUUCCUCCGGUCCCAUUCAAGGCUUCGUGAACCUGACAGCACCAAAUGUCCGUCAAUUUCUAGGUGUUCCAUUUGCAGAGCCACCAAUUGGAGAUCUGCGAUUUGAACGUCCUCAAAAGAAAGAACCCAAUGGAACCAUCGAAGCCUUUGCCCUACCUAACUCCUGCAUGCAACAAUUUAACUCCAACAGCUCGACUCUUUUCACCGAGUACGAGAUGGGCUUUCUCAUUAGUGGUGGAAACUCAGAGGAUUGUCUAUAUCUAUCUAUUUGGGCACCUGAUGUUGAAAAUAUUCGUUUUCAGCAGCGUCCGCUACCUGUUUUGUUAUAUGUACCUGGUGGUGGGUUUACUAGUGGAGGGGAGGCGUCGCUUUUCAAAGUUCCUGAUAAAUGGAUACAACGAACGCAGGGACAUAUUGUUGUUAUAAUGAAUUACCGUGUCAAUGUCUUUGGAUUCCCCAACGCAAAGGGCCUGACAGAUCAGAAUGCGGGAUUCCUCGAUCAAAGAUUAGCUGUCGAAUGGGUCCAGGAAAACAUCGCCGCCUUUGGAGGUGAUCCGGGACGAAUCGCUCUCUGGGGACAAUCAGCUGGUGCUGGGAGCGUUACAGCUUAUCCCUAUGCCUACCCUGAUGAUCCCAUCGUCACUGCUCUUAUUGCUGAAUCGGGUGGUCCAACUAUUAUCAACAAUCAGGAUUAUACACAGAGCAACUUUACAUUUUUAGCUGGCCUAGUUGGAUGCAGUGGUUUAAACGCAAGUGCAGAGCUUACUUGCGUUCGGGGAGUACCAGCGCAGACAUUGGAGAAUGCCCUGUCAUAUUAUGGGGGCAAUGGAACGCAGCCGGCAUUAAGUUUUACGCCAUCUGUUGAUAACCAGACUGGCUUUGCAAACUGGACAGAACGAGUAUUGGAUGGAAAGAUUGCGAAAACGCCCCUCAUUAUUGGUAGCAACGCGAACGAAGGUGCCGGUUUUGUCUCUUUCACAGAAGAUGGACCAGGCGCUGCAACACUCUUCAAUGAGACCGAGUCAGUAAUUGCUUGCCCAGUAGCCAUCGAAGUCAAAAACCGCAAUAUGGCUGGAAUAACAACCUACCGAUACCAGUAUGCAGGGAACUUCUCGAAUAUCUCUCCUUUGCCAUGGUUCGGCGCCUACCACAGCUCAGAACUACCUAUGGUAUUUGGAACGCAUUAUGAAUACCGAGGCCCUUCUACUCAGUUCGAAUGGGAUGUAAGUUAUGCUAUGCAGGCAUUAUGGCUUUCAUUCGUGGAGGAUCCUUCACGUGGACCGGCCCGUCUUGCACUAGAUGGUGUUUCUGGGAACCCUAAUAACGCGAGCUAUUUCGCUUGGCCGGCAUUCAAGCAGGGGUCUUCUAAUAUGUUGUUGCUUGCGGAGGAUGGUGUUCUUAUGCAGCUGGUGACUUCUGCGCGUAUUGAUGAUUAUUGUCCGAAUCUUUAG